CGUACCCGACUGCUACAGGUGUCCAGAGCUCAGAGCAACAAAGGUUCAAACCCGGGAGUGCGCUGUCGGAGUCGCGGGUGGGAGAUGAUCGACAGAAGAGGAUAAGGAACUUGGGCAGAAUUUAAAAGUUUGAAUCGCUCCAUGUGACAGCUAGCAGGACGGACUCUAAGCUGCUCAAACAUGAAGAGGAUCAAGCAGAUUGACAUAAAGCGAGCCCUCGCUAUGGCUGGAACCUUUAACUUCCUGUGCUCCUGCGCUAAAGCAUGCUUGCUGCCCUUCCUCACCCUGUACUUCAGACAGCUUGGCCUGACUCCUGCCAUGACGGGCAUCGUCAUGGGUACCAAGCACUUUAUUACGCUGGUGUGGAGCCCCGCGGCGAGCCUGCUCUCCAAACACUACAACAAGAGACGAGCAGUGAUCUGCGGCUCUGUCGUGUUUUCGGCAGCAGCCGCUCUGCUCCUCCUGCUCAUCCCGCACACGGAUAUGCAUGCAUGGACUUGUAACGCCUCGGAUCCGCAUGUCGGCCCACCCCAAGAUCCAUCUGAUGUAUUGUCAGUGAACAUCACUGGACCUGUAACAUCCCAUCCAAAACCUCAUGUUUCCCAGUCGCUUGUCACUCAUCUUCCUGAUGCUGAUAGGAAAGCUCCUGUUAUUGCAAAUGAAACUUCACCUCAUCAUCAUCACAAUCACAGUCAUACCACUGAAUCUCCUCUUCUUUAUGCGCCACAAAAGAAUGAAUCAAAGGUGCUUGAAAGUUCCAGCAGCUCUUUGGCAACUCCGGUCAGAAACAAGAGGUCUGAGCUGAAAUCAGAGCAGCAAACGGGGGAGAAAAAGGAUGAGAGUUCUUUGGGCUUCCUGGGCAGCCUAAAGGUGAUGGACACUCAGCAUCAGCUCUUCUUCUUGAUACUCAUCAUCAUGUGUGUGUGGGAGGUGGCAUCCGCACCCUUGGAGUGGAAUGUAGACGACGGCCUAUACGAAUAUUUAGAUUUCGCGGAUGCCUCGGACCGCUACAGCAGCACCAGGGUGUGGGGUGUACUUGGAGCAGCAUGCGGGGUUGGGGUAACCGGCCUGCUGGUGAGCCGACUGGCAUGCCUCAUAGCUGCUCAGACCUCAAGGAGUGUGGUGCAUUUCUACUGCUAUGCCAGCCUGGCAUUUCUGGUCCUGCCCCUGGCCAUGUCCCUCCCUCUCUACCUGAACAAGAAGCGAAACAGGACCAGCGGGCUCCUGAAAGCCCUGCAACUGGUGCGCGGCUCCCCACAGGCUGUGCUCUGCGUCUUCACCACCCUGCUGGUCGGGGUGGCGAACUCGGCCAUCGACAACUUCCUCCUGUGGCAGAUGCAGGAUCGCGGAAGCAGUGAGCUGCACAUGGGACUAUCUCUUGCCCUCGCUCUGCUCUCGCAGGCCGCCUUCCCUCUGAUGGCUGGCCGAGUCUCCAGGCUGCUCAGCCCUAGGAGGAUGCUCGCAGUUGGAGCCGCGAGUCUCGGCCUGCAGUGCUUCUACUACUCCUUCCUCUGGGGAGCGUGGGCUGCACUGCCUGCUCAGGUGCUGAGUUGUUUCAGCAGCGGAGCUCUCUGGUGGGCCGUGAAGCUCCAGUGUGAGGACAUCGCCACACCAGGGGCUGAGAGGAGCGUCAGGAGGGUCUACAAGUCCCUCUCUAUUCAUCUGGGUAGUGCACUGGGGAGUUUGGCUGGAGGGUUUGUGGCCCAAAGCAUCGGGCUCACAUGGAUGUUCAGAGGACUGGCGAUGGUUUUGAUGGUGUGGUGUGUGUGCCUGCCCCUGCUCCAGUGGAAAGCCCCCCACCACCGCAGGAUUAACUAUUCCCGCCUGCUGGCAGCGGACGCAAGCGAGGCCAGUGACUCCGAGUCAGAACAGGAGAGAGACUGGCUUGAUAAAGCAAUGGAAAAUGACAAAAGCAACAACAACAGUGCAAGGAAGGUAAACCACUAAAACCUCCAGACGGUGAAAAUACUAAAAGGAGCAUAAAGCAAUUCUGUGAAUAAGAAGAAUAAAUUCACUGUCACAUAAUAAAUGAAUCAGAUUUUGCUAUUAAUAUGGAAAUGGGAGUCAUCGUUCCCUUCGAGCUCUGCAGCCUUGCUUAAAGAUAUGUCACUCUUCAUCACCAAGUUGCACAGUCCAGAUGGGGAUGAUUAAUUUCCCACCCUGACAGGAUUCAUUACAAUCAAAAGUGUUGACUUUUCCUUCUCAUUACUUUUCCAUCAGAAUUAAAUGUUACGUCAUCCA